ACCGACUACGAACAGAUUGUCGUUGAUCCUUGCUUGAGUAACACCGUUAUCGCUGUUUGCUCCGUCAUUCGGUUACUUAUUUGUUCUCAUAAAAUAUCUCAAAGAUAUUAUUUUCGUGAAAGGAACACAAAUUUCUUAUAAAUACAAAAUAACUCAGCAAUAUAAAAAUAGAUAAAUACCGCGAAAUGUUUCAAAUCGGUUUACAUCGGUCAAGUCAAGCACAUGAAACAUGAAAACAAGCUCCACUCUAAAAAAAUAAAAUAUCAAAAUAAUAUAAAACAACAACAACACCAAAAUAAACGUGAGUGAAUAUCUACAAAAAAAAAUAAUGUGAAAGAUGAAAAAUUUCAAUUCGAAGAAGAAUAAAAUGUAGUUUUUUCUUUCGAAAGAAAAAAUUCUUCAAUUUUGUUCUUGCAACAAGAAAUCAUUAAAAAAAUAAAUAAAAAUAGUGCACAAUGAAAACAGUGAAUAUCAACAAAACCAUAACAAAAAUAUUUUAAGUUAAUAAUAGUAGAUUUUUUUUUAAAAGCAAAACAAAAUAAAUAAAAAGAAGAUACAAAAUAAAAAUAUUAUACACGGGGGCGAAAAAAAAACGAGAAAAAAAAGAAAGAGAAUUUAUUAAGUACAUAAAUUAAAUAGUAUUUUUUUAAAAGAGAGGAAAAAUGGUUGUGCCCACAAUGGAUACUUUGCCCAGAGUUCCCGACACACAUGGAGACGUCGUCGACGAGAAAUUAUUCUCGGAUCUUUACAUAAGGACGAGCUGGGUGGAUGCACAUGUUGCACUCGAUCAAAUAGAUAAGGGAAAAGCAAGAGGAAGUCGAACAGCGAUAUACCUACGUUCAGUGUUUCAAUCUCACCUCCAAUCCCUUGGCUAUUCGGUACAGAAACAUGCCGGAAAAGUGCUAUUUGUUGCGAUUUUAGUCCUCAGUACAUUUUGUGUUGGCCUUAAAAGUGCCCAAAUGCAUUCCACAGUAAAUCAAUUAUGGAUACAAGAGGGUGGUCGAUUGGAAAAUGAGUUAGCUUAUACACAAAAAGCUAUUGGCGAAGUAGAAUCAUCAACGCAUCAGCUUAUUAUACAAACGGCGCAUGAUCCAAAUGCCUCGGUCCUACAUCCGAAGGCCCUGCUAACGCAUUUAGAAGUUUUGAAAAAGGCGACUUCUGUGGGAGUUUAUAUGUUCGAAACGGAAUGGACGUUGCGUGAUAUGUGCAACACGCCGACAAUACCAAGUUUCGAGGAACACUAUUUGGUGGAACAGAUUUUCAACCAUGUUAUACCUUGUUCGAUAAUAACUCCAUUGGAUUGUUUUUGGGAGGGCAGUCAUCUACUGGGGCCGGAGUUCCCUGUGCAGAUACCUGGCAUGGACAAACGUAUCAAGUGGGCUUGGUUGAAUCCACUGAAUUUCCUGCAUUCUAUGAAACGCGACAUGAAGGAUCCUUUCCCCAUUGAAGUUGUGGAGCAGUACAUGAAACGGGCUGGCAUCUCAUCAGGCUACACGCAGAAACCAUGUUUGGAUCCGAAAAAUCCCGAUUGUCCUGAUACGGCUCCGAAUAAGAAUAGUACGACACCACCUGAUGUUGGAGCGAUUCUAACUGGAGGAUGCUAUGGAUACGCCACGAAAUACAUGCACUGGCCCGAGGAGCUUAUUGUUGGGGGAGUGAUCAGGAAUCGAACUGGACACUUAAAGAAGGCUAAGGGACUUCAGACAGUAGUUCAGUUGAUGACAGAAAAGGAAAUGUAUGACUCGUUCUACGAUCAAUACAAAGUCCAUCACAUAAGCUGGACACCAGAGAAAGCAGCUGAAGUCUUGAAUGCUUGGCAAAAGAAGUUCUCCAACGAAGUCGAUAACUUGCUGAAAAACUCGAGAAUAUCAAAUUCCUAUGAUAUCUAUGUGUUUUCAUCGGCCUCGUUGGAUGAUAUUCUUGCUAAGUUCUCCAAUGCCAGUCCCUUGAGUAUUGUGAUUGGAGUUGCAGCGACAGUGUUUUAUGCGUUUUGCACUCUACUUCGUUGGAAGGAGCCGGUUAAGGGACAGAGUACUGUGGGAGUUGCUGGAGUGCUUCUAAUUGGAGUAUCAACGGCAGCUGGUCUUGGACUCUGUGCGUUAUUGGGGAUUGUGUUCAAUGCAGCUACAACUCAAGUUGUGCCAUUUCUAGCUCUGGGUCUAGGAGUGGAUCACAUCUUCAUGCUAACAGCGGCUUAUGCGGAGAGUAAUCGCAAAGAAGAGACCAAGUACAUUCUCAAGAAGGUCGGACCAAGUAUCCUUUUCAGUGCGGUCACAACAGCAGGGAGUUUCUUUGCUGCAGUCUUCAUUCCCGUCCCAGCUUUGAAAUCAUUCUGUCUUCAAGCUGCGAUUGUUAUGUGUUUCAAUUUGGCAGCGGCCUUGUUGGUAUUUCCCGCUAUGAUUUCCCUGGAUCUUCGAAGAAGACAAGCUGGAAGGGCUGAUAUUUUAUGUUGCUGUUUCCCCAUCUGGAAGGAGAAACCUUCAGCAAGCAUCUCCACGAGAUCAUCAAGUGGUUCGUCAAGUUUGAAUAACAAUCGUUAUGAAAAUCCUCGAAAUUUGGGUUUCCCCAUCAAGAACUGCAACAAUCGUGGCUCAGGAGUUAGUGGCCUCCCCAACCAAGUCAAUCAAGAAGAAGCACUGCUAUCGUGUUCCGAGAAACGUAUGUGGCGUUUUUCAUUAUCGAAAUUCGCCUACAAACACUACACUCCGAUUCUAAUGAAGAGCUCGGUUAAGUUCCUGGCUGUUAUGGUUUUCAUAGGAACCCUGAUCUUUGGAUUCUAUUCGGCGACGAAACUUCAAGAUGGCCUCGAUUUAAUAGACUUAGUGCCCAAAGACACAAACGAAUAUAAGUUCCUUAAUGCCCAAACAUCAAUGUUUGGCUUCUAUAGCAUGUAUGCGGUGACACAGGGAAAUUUCGAAUAUCCCAAUAAUCAGGCGUUGCUGCAUCAAUAUCAUGAGGCUUUUGUGCGUAUUCCGCAUGUGAUUAAGAACGAUAAUGGAGGACUACCGGAUUUCUGGCUUUCACUAUUUCGAGAUUGGUUGAAGAAUUUACAAGACACAUUCGAUCGGGAGAGGAGGGAAGGUCGAAUUACUCAAGAACGAUGGUAUAGUAAUGCGAGUGGAGAUGCAAUUUUGGCGUAUAAGCUUCUCGUUCAGACUGGCUAUGUGGAUAAUCCUAUUGACAAGACGCUGGUAACCGAAAAUCGCUUGGUCGAUGGAAAUGGAAUUAUCAACCCAAAGGCGUUCUAUAAUUAUUUGUCAGCUUGGGCGACUAAUGACAUGUUUGCCUAUGGAGCUUCUCAGGCUAAAUUACGACCAGAACCUCGUCCCUUCGAACAUUCCCCAUUCGAGUAUGAAUUAAAAAUUCCAAAGAGCCAACCACUUGUCUACACCCAACUGCCAUUCUACUUACACGGCCUGACAGAUACAUCCGAAAUUAAGAGUCUCAUUGGACACAUUCGUGAUUUGAGUGAAAAAUUCGAACGAAAAGGCCUACCUAACUAUCCAUCGGGCAUUCCAUUUAUCUUCUGGGAGCAGUACAUGACAUUGCGUUCUUCUUUGGCACUGAUUUUAUGUUGCUCGUUGGCGGCCGCAUUUGUGCUCGUUGCGGCAUUGUUACUUUCCGGAUGGGCGGCUUUGUUGGUGGUUAUAAAUGUUGUGGCAUCGUUAGUGCAAAUUUUUGGUGCAAUGACAUUGCUUGGCAUUAAAUUGUCAGCUAUUCCAGCUGUGAUUUUGAUCUUGGGCGUUGGAUUAAUCGUGUGCUUUACUGUCCGGAUAUCACUGGGUUUCAUGACUUCUGUCGGCAGUCGUGAAAGACGUGUUCUACUAUCAAUGCAAGUAUCGAUGGGACCACUUGUGCACGGUAUCCUCACUUCCGCUCUAGCUGUAUUCAUGCUCUCAACAUCACCCUUCGAAUUUAUCAUACGUCAUUUCUUUUGGCUACUGUUAGUUGUUCUGACAGUUGGUGCCAUCAAUGGUCUGAUUUUCUUCCCCAUAAUUCUAAGUAUUGUUGGACCAGAAGCCGAACUGAUACCCCUUGAGCAUCCGGAUCGAAUUUCUACACCCUCACCGAUAUUGUCACGAAGCAAGCGAAGCGGUGCUAAUAAGACUGUCAUUGUGAAUGGAUCACGUUCACGUUGUAAUAAACCACACUACCAUCAUAAACAUGUGAAUAUCAAUGACCCUUCAUUGACAACAAUCACUGAAGAGCCACCAUCAUGGAAGUCCUCGAAUUCGUCCAUAACAAUGAACAAUGAUUGGAAUCAGAAGAAUUGUGGUGGUGGAGGAAGUGGUGGCGGCGGUAGCAGUAAUAGCAGCAACAAUUAUCAUUAUCAACAUCCAUCGCAGCAGCAACAACAACAUAAUCAACAUCAACAACAAUCACAGCCACCACACCAGCAUCAACAACAACAACAACAACACUAUCAGCAUCAACAUCACAAUCAACACCAUGGUCCAUCGAAGAACAACAACUAUGGCGGCGGAAGCAUGAACAUGGGUGGAAACUAUCCCGAAUUACAAAGUAUCGUAGUUCAGCCAGAAGUGACAGUUGAGACACAUCACUCCGAUUCAAAUACAACGAAGGUGACAGCAACGGCGAACAUCAAAGUCGAGCUCGUGACACCAGGACGAGCGGUUCGAAGUUAUAACUUCACAAGCUAGCGUUAAGUGUUUUCCAAAAUUAACUACUAUUAAUAUUAUUAUUUAUUUUAGUUUAUAGAAAUAAAACCCUAAUUUUUUGAUAUUUUGAAACAAACACAAGAGAAAAAAAAGAAAACAAAAAACAACAGAAAAAUGCGAACGCAUAGUAUUAAACAAAAAACAAUUAAUAUUAAAA